CACAAGGCACCAGGAACAGCGUCAGACUCUCGCGACGCAGCGUGGUUGCUGUUCAGUGCAGGAAACUGAAGGCUAACGCUCGACUUGUCGAUGUUGAUUUUUGUUGAUUCCAGCAGCCCCAGUGGUUUGUGUGGUCGCUCGCCGGACUUUCAUGUCAAUAUUUCUGUGGGGCUGUAACGUCUUUGAAGAAGUUUGCGCGAGGAAGUGCGACGGCGCUCGCGUUUUGCACGAUGCGUAAAGUGAAUACUGAUGACCACGAAGAGAAGAAUAUCGACUUUUUAAUAGACGCCUCGCUGUUGUAUAAAGAAAGAUGCCCGGAGUUAUCACGCUUCCUCAUGCAAGGGCCUCUGAACGUUAAAGCAUCUUUCAAGAUGAAAUCCUACCAUCUGCUGCAGCAGGUCUUGGUGUGUCCAUUCUGUUAUCAGUGGUUUCAGCCCAAUAAUCACCGGGUGCGGCUACGGCCCAAGCAGCGCCCAUCAGCGCGAGUACAGAGCAUCCUGCUUCGGAAGGCCCGGGGCAAACGACUGAGCCUGGCACAGAAGGAGCUGCUGCGACGCUUCCAAAACUCCUCAUCUGUACUGAUGGCCACCUGUCACACUUGCAAUAAGACAUCCAGGCACAAAGGGGCGAACAGGGAUGUUAUAGCUACCUUUUCAAAGACCCACAGCACACCAGGGAGCACUGGCAAACGCAAGACCCCACAGGGAGCCAACAGAGCCAGUACGACUACCCCCAAGUCUGCUGGCAAAGAGAAGACACCCUGUAAUACACCCAGCAAGUCCAGCUCAUCUAACACCCCAGGAUCUGGCUCAUCUUCCUCCAAGACUCCAUCUAAAGCGAAGAACUGGGUCGUCCAGCGCCUCAGCAAGAUACUCAUAAGAGAGGACAACCAGGGCAGCAAGAAAGGGGGCUUGAAAGAUUUCCUCUCCUCACUCUGAGUAUCUGCCCAAUACGCCUUCUCUUCAUGUGCAGACUCUUUUCAAACAAGGGGUCAGACCCAUGUUGAAACCCAUUUACACCAAAAGCUAAGGGGAAACUCGGGAGAUUAGCUUUGUUUCCCUUAUUGGUGUGGAAAGGGUUAUAGUCUGCCUACCAACACAGCUGUUGCCUGGCUGUUUGGUCUUUGAAAUGGCAUUCCCGGAAUCCGGAUGCAACAACAGGGAGUGGUGGGCUGGUUAUUUUAACUGUUAAUCAGGGCUAACGCGUCUUCUGCUGAGCCAAAUGGAGGAGAAUGCUUUUCUUUCUAAUUUCAAACAGGCCUCUUCCGACCUCCUAAACUCUGGGGGAUGCUUCCUAAUAGAGGAAUGUUUGAGGAAUUCUUCGGCACCUGUCCAGUGACAGAAACAUCAUAGGGACGCUCAGCUUUCUUGUAUGUUGGAGUUUGUGGCAUGGAAAGCUCAGUCGUAAUCAAACCAUGCCAGUUUUUUUUUUCAGGGGUAUCAAAUUUCAUUUAUAUGGCAAACAAUAAAUAUGACUGUUUAAUAUUCAUGUUAGUUGAUGUUAAACUUUUGUAUUUGAAAUUAUUUCAUUUCUUUUUCUGGCCCUCUCCGCAAUGGAGAUGCGUCAGUUUAAAUUUUUCCUACUUAUAUGAUGUCAGCGACUAAACAAAACUCAUUUGUGACUGUUGUGUAACAAAUCUGUGGUGUAUGUUACACAACUGUUAUGACCACUAUGAUGCAUUUGUUUUCUAUUUGUUUAUAAAUUAUUUUGAAAUGGUGCACAGUCACCAGUAACAAUAUUUGAGAGUGUCAUGAUAGUAUCUAGUAUAGGACUCAGCAAUUGUUGUUUACACUGGCACCUCUGCCUAGAAACUGUACAAAAAGGCUUAGUGACAAUCCAUAUUGUCCAAACAUUCAAGUUUCUUAUAACUUUGUUUUAUUUGCUUUGUACUUUUGAAAAGCUACACUGUUUGUAUUUUUGUUAAAGAGCAGGGAUUUAAAUACAGUACCUAAUGCAUUUUUUUAUUGCUUGGUUAUCCCAGUCUACUGUUUUCUAUUAGCUGUUCAGUGCAUCAGUCAUUUUAAAUGUUUGUACCGAAAUCCUGAAAUACCUCGCAUUUGUAUUCCAUCUAUGAAAUAAACACUUUUAAGUCUGUGUUACAUA